AUGCUCCAUUAAAUAUAUUUUUAAUAAAAGCAAAAUAUUUUUUGGCUUAACAAAAGCCAGUUUUUAUCAAUUAAAUAAACCAGUGAAAAAUAUAUUUUAACUAUUUCUCUUCUAAAAUCAUAGAUUGAAGAAGUUAUCAAGAGAUCUAAGAAAGAAACUGCUGAAGUUCCUGCUGCUUAAACCACCUACACUACUACUUACAACUUACCCUCAACCACUGUUGAACCCAUUAAAAGCAGUCAAUACCAAACAACCACCUACACAACCAACACCCCCGUCUAAUACAAUUUCACUUCUAACAACGUUUAAUUACCUUAAUAAACUGAAGUUAACUACAGCACCUCUUAUGUUCCCUACUAAAGAGUUGAAUAAACUUCAUACACAACCACCCUCCCUGCUUCUUCAGUUCCUGCCCAACAAGUCACUGAAUACCAAACCUCUUCUAACAUCAGCUUCAUGAGCCCCGAAGAGAGAGACGCUUACAUUGCUAAGAUUCUUAACGAAUCUAAGAACUAUGCUGCUUCUAACACUAACACCACCAUUACUUACACUAACUACGUUGAUGGAAAGCCCAAUGUCUAAGUUCAAUUUUGUAAAAUGAGAUUAUAUGCAUAAUAAAUACUUGAGAAUGCCAUAAAAUGA